CUGCAGAAAAGGAGAGAUCUCUCUGCUGCAACAGGUCUAUUCCAUUGCGUCAGCCGUGUUGGCAAUCGUAUCGGUAUGAAGGAAGGAAAGACAGCAAAGGACGAAGAGGCGCGUCCUGUGCCGCGUGAGAUCCUGUGGGUCUAUCUGGCGCUGUUUCUGGAGCUGGUGGGUGCCGGUGCGUCGCUGCCCAUUCUGCCGUUCUUUGCGCUCGAGGACCUGAAUGCAUCGCCCUUCCAGCUGGGAGUCAUGUACAGCCUCUACUCUCUGGCACAAAUGGUCGGCUCUUUCGUCUUCGGCCGCCUCUCAGACUCACUCGGCAGGCGGCCCAUCGUCCUCACCGCAUACCUCUGGAGCGCCAUCGGCUUCUUCCUCACCGGAUGCUCUUCCUCCGUCUGGCAACUCACCCUCAGCAGGGCGUUCGCUGGUUUGUCUGGCGGCAGCAUAUCGAUGACAUCGGCCAUCAUAGCUGACUUCACCGACACCACCACACGGCCAAAGUACAUGGGCAUCUUCGGCGCCACCAUCGGCCUGGCCUUCGCCAUCGGCCCCGGCGUGGGCGGGGCCGCCAAGACGGCACUCGAAUCCCGCCCUCUGCUCUUCUUCUUGUGCUCGAUCAUGUGCUUCGGUGCGUUUGUGCUGUCGGUGGUGCUGAUCCCUGAGUCGCUGCCCAAGGCCCAGAGGAGGCCCCUGCGGCUGUUGGACCGUGUGGGCGAGGCCGCUCCGCUGCUGAGUGCGGAGGGAGAUAUGGAGGUGGGCGACAGGGGCGCCGCAGGGGAGGAGGGGGGUGUCAACUACGUGGGCCUGCUCAUGGUCUUCGGGGCCCGGUUCCUCACGAGCUUCACGACAUCCCUCAUGACGACCUGCUAUUCCAUCCUCUUCAGAGAGACCUACAAGGAACAAUUCGGUCAGGGAGGGAGGGCACAGCACAGGACAGCACACCGCCUCUGUUGUGUGUUGUGCUGUGCGCGUGUGUACACUGCCUGUCUCGUGUCUGUCUGUCUGCCCGUCCCGUGUGUGUGUGUUGCAGGCCAGCUUGAUCGUGCGUUGGGCAUGUUCCUGACGGUGUUGGCCCUCGUCAUGUGUGUGUACCAAGGAUCCAUGUACCCCAAACUCGUCAAGAAAUUCGGCAAACACCGUAAGUCUGCCAACCCAACUCACUCAGCUCACAUGCAAAGGCAACUGCACUCAUUCAUUCUACGUGGCCCUGUGACUGUGUGUGCAGGGAUCAUUCACUUGGGGUGCUUCAGCUUGGGUGUGGGUGUGCUGCUGAUAUUCUUUUCGACCCGGCUGCCGACCUACCUGCACCUGCUGGCCAUCUGCACCUUGUACGCCUGGGGGUCAUCAAUGGUGGAGCCCGGCCUCCCCACUCUCGCAGCGUCAUACGCCGAUGCAAAGCAUCAGGGAUUCGCACAGGUAAGGAGCUGGGCGCCCUAACACACACCAUCAUGCUUCUCAUGCUUCCACCCUACAGCCAUCCAUCGAUCACCUUUCUGCGUGUGUAUGCGAUGUGUGUGAAGGGUUCUCUGAGUUCGUUUCGGUUUUUGGCCUUCAUAUGUGGUCCGUCGCUGUUCGGUUACUUGUACAAAGAAGUGAGCCCCGCGGCGCCCUUCUGGGUGGCUGGCGUGGCCGGCAUGCUCGCCGCCACACUCACCACCGCUGCUGAGUAAGGCUAUCAAUGAUGCACCGCACCCAGAGGAUUGGGGGAAGGCAGGCGCCUCAUCCACGUGUGUGUGUGUGUGUGUUUUUUUGCGUUGCCUUGAUGCAGGCGGUUUGGUUGUGAGAUCAGUGACGAGGGCGCGUCGCGGGAGGGGGUCGCUGCAUAGCACGGCCUGGCGAGGCGAGGCGAGAUGCGACGAAUGAGAGCACGCCCGCGUUUACAUUCUUGGUAAUGCAGCUUUCCAGCCCCCCGCGAUGCACUGACGGACUGACUGAUGCGACACCCUAUACAUACAUAGAUACGGAAUGCGUUGACGUUUAAUCCCCAUGGAUGGAUGGAUGGAUGGAUUUGUGGUGAG